GUAAAUUUCAAUUUAAGCUAGUUUUAAAAGAUUUAAAUAAGUUAAUCAGUAAAAAUGGCGGUAAAUGAAAAGAAGAGCAUUUAUGAUGCAUUAAAUGAUGGUGCAAUUGACGAUUUCUUUAACUUUCGAGAGAUUAGAAAAGUAACAAAUUCAGCAGCUAGUUCUGCAUCGUCCAAAACAAAUAAAUCAGCUCCAAAAUUCAAGAAAUCGGAAAUAAAAACUCCAAGAAAUGCUUCCGGAACUGAAUAUGUGAAAAAGUAUCAGAACAUCAUUCAACAGGAGUUAACGGAAUCAUUUAGCGGACUUGAUUUAACUGGAUUAUCGAGUGUAAUUCCACUAGAUGAUAGUGCUUUAUUUGACACGUUAAGUAUAGCUGAUGAAUUAGAUCCACCACAUAGCGAACACAGAAAUGACUUACCAAUAUACAGAUAUCGGGACGAGAUAAUUAGAAAUGUUCGAAGCAAUCCUAUUUUGAUGAUAUCAGGUCCAACAGGUUGUGGAAAGUCAACUCAAGUUCCUCAAUAUAUUUUCGAUGACUGCAAGGCACGUCAUCAAGAUGCCAAAAUUUUAAUCAGUCAACCGAGAAAAAUUGCAGCCAUAACUUUAGCUCAGCGAGUAGCUCACGAACGAGGCAUGACAUUGGGAACGGUUGUUGGAUAUCAAGUUGGACUAAACAAAUGCAUAGAUUUGACAGAAGAAUCUACAGAAAUGACAUUUUGCACAACAGGAGUUAUUUUACAGAAACUCAUUAAGAUGAAAAGUUGUGCGCAAUAUACUCACAUUAUACUUGAUGAGGUUCAUGAAAGAGAUCUUGAAAUUGACUUCCUUCUUACGAUUCUUCGUCGGUUAAAUCCAAUCAAGACAAGCACGAAAGUUAUUCUCAUGUCCGCAACCUUAGACAUUGAUAAAUUUCAAAAUUUCUGGAAAAUUCGAUCAUUGGAACUUGACGAUGAAUUUCUUUAUCCACCAAUUAUUGAUUUGGAUGGACAGGCUCGUAAAUAUGAAAUUGUUGAAAGAUAUUUGGGUGACUUGAGAAAACUUGAUGUUUCUCCUGAUAUUAUUAGUCGUGAACCUGGAAUUUCGCAUGAAAUGUAUAGCUUUGCUGCACAAUUAAUACUGUUAAUUUUACGCUUAAAAGAUUCUAAGAAAAGAAAUAUUCUGGUUUUUCUGCCUGGAUUACCAGAAAUCGAACGUUUGCAGGAAGAAUUCAGAACAAAUGAGAAUUUAACUAAUUUCCGUAAAUUCGAGCCAGAAAUUCAUAUUCUACAUUCAUCAUUGUCAAUGGAGGAACAGAAGCUCGUUUUUAUCAAUACAGAUAACACGAAAAUUAUACUGGCUACAAACAUUGCAGAAUCUUCUAUCACAAUUCCAAAUGUGGCAUUUGUCAUCGAUUUUUGUCUGACAAAAUUCUUGAAAACACACUCCGGUUCUCAAAUGUCAAGUUUUGUUCUUGGAUGGGCAUCAAAGAACAAUUGCAAGCAACGAGCUGGACGAACUGGUCGAGUUGGUCGUGGAACUGUCUUUCGUUUAGUCUUUAAAGACUUUUAUGAUCGAAACUUGUUGGAACAUUCACCUCCAGAAAUAUUGAUGGCACCACUAGAAUCAAUUGUUGUUAAAAUUAAGGAAUUUGACAUGGGAAGUCCAUUGGAAAUAUUGGCCUCAACUAUUGAUCCUCCAGAUCAAUCAGCCAUAAUAAACGCGGUUUUGGCAAUAAAAGAGCAUGGUGGAAUGUUGAUUCAUGAUGAUAUUGGAAAUUUUGACUAUCACGAUGGGAAAUUAACUUUUAUAGGAGAAAUUAUGGCGGCAUUACCAUGUGAUAUUCGUAUAACUAAGCUCAUUGUUCUUGGUUACUUGUUUAGCGUUUUGGAUGAAUCUAUUAUCAUUGCUGCUGGCUUAAAUUUUAAAGCAAUUUUCAUAAAUUCAUUGACUGACAAAAUGGGAGCUUAUUGUAGAAAGAUGUAUUGGUCUGAUGGAACUGGAUCUGAUUGCUUGGCAACAUUUAAUGCUUAUAACUACUGGUUCGAACAUCACAGACUGAAAUAUUUUAAAUCAAUCGAAGCAGAACGAGCUUGGUGUAUAGAAAAUGGUCUCGACGUUAAAAAUCUAAAUGAAAUGCGCGUAUGGAUAGCGGAAGUAAAGAAACGCUUGCGUUAUUUUAAGUUUGAAAAUUUACCAUUUCCAAAUCAACCUCGGUGGUCAUCAAAGGAAAGCAUUCUUGUAUUGAAAGUAAUUAUGGCUGGAGCUUUCGGUGUCUCUAAUUUUUUUGUUACUGAUACAACAAUCGACAUGGAACGUGAUGCAUUCCAAAUACUUACUGAUUUGGACAUAUUCAGAACUGUUUAUUUCCGUAACAUGGAUCGAUCAAAUGUAGGUGAAAUAUAUAAAAAUCAGCUUAAGGAGACAUUUGUUCUAAAAGGAGUUUGUGAUGAAAAUUCAAAAGUAAAUAUUAUUUUUGAUCGUGUUGGAUCUGAACGAGUUUACGUAACAUUUGAGGACGAUCAUUUACUCAACAAAAUCGACAUGGGCUUUGGAUCUGGUCAAAUUACACCAGAAGUCUAUAAAGCAGUAAAGUUGUGCAAAUUACAAGGAAAAGUUGAACUUUUAGUUAUGUCAUCGCAUGAAUCAAUGAAUUAUGCGUUAGAUCAUGGCUACGGAGAAUGUGAACAAUCUCAAUUUCAACUUCAUUAUCCGAAAAUUGAACAUCCUGAACAUUGGCCAUAUCCAACACGAUCAACAAGUAAAAUGGAGGGAUUUAUUACUCAUGUCGAACACUGCAAUAAAUUCUACUUCUGUCCACGCGUUGCUUAUAAUACGAGAAUUGAUUUGCCUGAUCGGCGAUAUGAAAGUGUUCUUGAGGAUAUUAAGUCUCUGCUGAAGACCGCUAUUUUAGAUCCAGUAAAUAUUGAUCAAAAGAUACAACCAGGCCAAAUAAUUAUUUACAAAAAAGCAAAAGAUAUUCUCCGUGCUGAAUUGAUUCGAUAUGUUCGAGAUGAUCUUGUUGAAAUUUAUGUCAUGGAUCGUGGAACAAAUAUUCUAGUGACACCAAAGUACAUUUACACAUUCCAAAAGGAUAUCGCCACCAACAAAUUAAAGACAUAUCCACCAAGAGUUUUCGAAUGCAAAUUGAAGGAAAUUGAACCAUCGUGCAUGCAAUCUUUUGGAAAUAAGUGGUCAGGCGAAGCAAUUGAAUAUUUUAAAGCUAAUGUGCUUAACAAGGAUGCAAUAAUUAAAGUAUUUUCAAUCGUCAAUGACGUCGUGAUUGUUGAUUUAAAGACAUUCGAUGGAAAAAAUUCAAUAUAUUGGAACACUAAAUUAGUCGAUGAAAACUAUGCACAAGAAUGUGAAGAAUCUUAUGGAAGUAAAGUUAAUCACGAAAAGAGAAGUUAUGCCUUUAGAAUAUUAGAUAAACCACAAGAUCCAAAAAUUGAAUUUGAGUCAGUUAUUAACAAAAAUUACAUUCUACGGCACAAGCAGGAUGGACCAGACAAGUCCAAAUGUGAUCAAAUAAUUAAACUUGUUGGACCUUACUCGCCUUUGGAGACAAAUUUGCGGUCAAUUUCUGGUGACAUAACAGGAUAUGUUCGUGUUGAUGCAUCGUCAAUAAAUCAUGUCUUAUUACACGACGAGAUUCUCGGCCUACAUAGUAAAUUUUAUGUAGCUGCUGACAUCAGUUUGGGUGAAAAGAAUCAAAAUGUGAAGGUUCGUGAGACAACAGCCAUGCCAAAUAUUCCUGGAUUAUCGGUCAUUUUGGCACUGGUUUUUAGUCCAGUUGCACAGUUACGUCGUGAUAAGGAAAAAACUCGAUAUAUUUCAAUAAUAACAGGACUUGGAUUAGACGAACAAUAUCAAAAACCUUAUUUUCAUGAACGUGAUGCAUUACAGUCUCUUGACUUUAAUUUAAUGGAAAAAGACAUUUCAGACAUAAAUCGCUUAAGAUUUGCUAUGUCGUCAAUGUUGUAUCGUGAUCCGUUUCAUGAACUGCCAAAUUUAAAUGAUCGACAACGCGAACAGUUGUUGAAAAAUAUUAAAGAAUCAUUUUUAACAAUAAUUAAUAAAAAUCACACAGUUCGUGACAUACAAAUGGGAAAUGAUCGUUUCAAGUGGAAUGUUGAUCAGGAAGAUGCAAUUCGGAUUGCAAGUAGAAUUGGACAUGGCGCAAUAUGGGACUAUAUAUCGAUUCCGCCAUUAAAUGAAAUGCCAUAUAUAAUGAAGGAGAAAUUAAUUAAACAUGCUCAGGAUUUAGAGGAUGAUACAGCUAUGUAUUCUAGGGAGUGUAAAUUGUGUGGAAAACCAUUUAAUAAUCCUAACGAACAGAAGUUGCAUUUGAUUUCAAAGAUGCAUAAAAUUCGCAAGCAGCAAUUAGGAAUUUAGGAACUUUAUUUUGAAUUAAAACUCUGUUAACAAUAAUUUAAUGUUAAGCCUUUGAAAAAUGAAGAGAAUAAAACUAUAAAGUAAAG